AUUCCGAAUCUUAAGCUCUGACGGAGUGGCCAUGCGCAAAUCCAUUAUAUACAUUCUGCUGUGGAUUCUGGGGUUAAGCGGAGUCUGUAGCUCUGUGCUUAAACAGCUUUUUCCCGACUACAACUACCAAAGGCCUUAUUGGCCCCAGUUCUAUCCUGACUAUUACAACAGAGGUUAUUUCCAGCCACAGCCAGAACGGCCUGCAAAAUCGACGCGGUCAUACAAGGACAUCUGCAGGUUGGUCAACACCAACGGUUUCACAAACCCCGGAGGAGUGCCUAAGUGCCCUUACUAACCUGCUGAACCUUUU